AUGCAGUCAGGAAUUACCAUCAAACUUGUAGUUUGUUUGUUAGGAAAGUACACGUGAACGCAAAACAUCUCUGUUGUAUAAAAUCCAUGAUGAACACCAAACAGAAAACAACCGUCGCCGUUUGGAAAUGUGUUUUCAACAUGUGUUGCCAUGCAGCUCUUACAGACGAAAAAAAAACUAUGUAAAAAAUUAAAUUAAAUUAAAAAAAGUAAUCUUUAUUUUGACUGUUCUGUCAGUCAGUUGAUUACGUGGAGUGUCAGUUUACACCGCUAAAACAUUAUUGUUCCUCGUAUUCUCGAGCGACCUUAUCUUUGGUUCUUGAACAAACAAGGGAGGGAGAAUAUUAAGGGCAGUGCUCAAAGUGGAUUUGUCUUAGUACUGAUACUAACCCGAGCACUUUAUUCGAAUUGACCUGGAUUUUUAUUUAUUUUUUAUUCUAAUCUAUGUAAUCGGAUAAAUCCAAUUUCGUCUACAACAAGACGCCUGUAAAGCAUUGACGAUGUUAUUUAUUUAUUUAAAAUCUUGCUUCAAACAUUUAAACUUGCUAUAAGUUUUGUAUGACGUUACAAAUAUUUGUGAUUUGUUUUUUGAAGGGAAGACUAACUGCAACGUCACAGAAGUAUAUAUAAAGGUGGUUUGCCUUUUCAGCAAGUUUGAGCACAAUUAACGUUGUUGUGAAAAAAACAAAAACGUUUGUAUGGUUUGGGAAUGAGACGUACUGGAAUUACACGGACAAUGCUAAUGUGGGGAAGGAGGAACCGAAAAAAACUAUUCCUUCUCGCAGCGUUUGCGAUUGGGUGUAUAAUCUUUCAGAGGAAUACUGUCAAGGACUUGGGGGAUGCUCCUGCAAAGAGGGAUGUAGAUGGAAAUGGACAUUUGGUUCAAGGAGACGAACUCGAGAGAUUAAAAAAACCGGUGUACGAAAAACCUCCACUGGACCUUAAUAACCUGGGUGAGAUGGGGACACCUGUAAUACUGAAUUUAGAAGGAGAGGAAAAAAAGAAAGAAGAGGCGAGCAUUCAAAAGCAUCAGAUUAAUAUUUAUGUAAGCGAAAAGAUAUCUCUGCACCGCAGGUUGCCAGAGAGAUGGAAUCCUCUGUGCAAAGAGAAACAGUAUGAUUAUCGCAGUCUGCCAACUACAUCUGUUGUAAUAGCAUUUUACAAUGAAGCCUGGUCCACUUUGCUACGCACAGUGCACAGUGUGCUGGAGACCUCUCCGGAUAUCCUGCUCAGGGAAGUCAUUCUGGUCGACGACUACAGUGAUAGAGAACAUUUAAAGCAGCCUCUAGAAGACUACAUUUCUUCCCUGAGGAAAGUGCGUCUGGUUCGGGCAAGGAAGAGAGAAGGGCUGGUCAGAGCUCGGUUGCUAGGCGCUUCAGUAGCGACGGGGGAUGUGUUGACGUUCCUAGACUGUCACUGUGAGUCUCACGAAGGCUGGUUGGAGCCACUGCUUGAGAGAAUAAAGGAAGAGGAGACGGCAGUAGUGUGCCCAGUGAUCGAUGUGAUUGACUGGAAUACCUUCGAGUACCUGGGGAACUCUGGGGAGCCCCAUAUUGGAGGAUUUGACUGGAGGCUGGUCUUCACCUGGCACGUGGUCCCAGAACGUGAGCAGAAACUAAGAAGAUCACCCAUUGAUGUCAUCAGGUCUCCUACUAUGGCUGGAGGCUUGUUUGCCAUCAGGAAGAAGUAUUUUGAGUAUCUGGGUACCUACGAUACAGGAAUGGAAGUCUGGGGAGGAGAGAACCUGGAAUUCUCCUUCAGGAUCUGGCAGUGUGGCGGAAGCUUGGAGAUCCAUCCUUGUUCUCAUGUAGGCCAUGUGUUCCCCAAAAAAGCCCCCUAUUCCCGGAGCAAGGCUUUGGCUAACAGUGUCCGCGCUGCAGAGGUGUGGUUGGGUUCCUACAAAGAGCUCUAUUACCACAGGAACCCCCACGCUCGCCUGGAGCCAUUCGGGGAUGUAACUGAGAGAUUAGAACUCAAAGAGAAACUAGGAUGUAAAGAUUUUAAGUGGUACUUAGAAAAUAUUUACCCAGAUAUCCACGUCCCAGAAGACCGACCAGGGUUGUUUGGCAUGCUUCAGAACAAAGGGAUGGUGAACUACUGUUUUGACUAUAACCCACCUAAUAAUCAGAACAUUGCUGGUCAGAGAGUUUUCCUGUAUCAUUGUCAUGGCAUGGGGCAGAACCAGUUCUUUGAAUACUCGACUUACAACGAGAUCCGGUAUAACACCCGGGAGCCAGCCGGCUGUGUCGCAGUGAAUUCUGGGACGGAUUACUUGACAAUGCAGCCGUGCAGAAAAACUGCGCAGGCUGUCCCAGAGGAUCAGAAGUUUACCUUAAGAGAGGAUAGCACCUUAUACCACAUCCAGACCAAGAAGUGUGUGCAAGCUGUCAAUAAGUCAUACAAAGGUAGCCCAGCUCCUGUGUUGCAGCCCUGCACGGAUUCCGACUUGCAGAAAUGGUUUUUCCAGGAGAGAACAUAACAAGGACUCCUCUUGCAAACAAAUGUGUGCCCAGAGGAACUACAUCCUGUUGCUGUUUGGUUUGUAUACAUGAAAUGGCAGCUCCAGUCUUUGUUGUUUUAUAUUUGUAUUGUUGUUUUUGUUUUAUUUCACGCUUUUUUCAUUCCCGUGCAGCUUGCUGAAUUAGUAAAGGGAUAUGGAGUAUUCAUCUUCAGCAGAGCUAGUUCUGCUUGUUAUGUUGGUAGCAAGUGCCAUUCAUUUUCAGUUAACCAAUUUUGGGGUUGGCAAUGGGGAACGGGUUAGAAUAGUCUAAUAUAAUAGUAUAAUAGAGUUGAAUCUCUAUGCAAAUCUUCUGUGCUGUCAGUCCAGCCCCUGUCACGGGCACUUCUAAUUUGUAAAAAUAAUUAUUAUUUAUUUAGUUAUUUAGCAGAUGCCUUUUUCCAAGGCGACUUACAGAGACUAGGGUGUGUGAACUAUGCAUCAGCUGCAGAGUCACUUACAAUUACGUCUCACCCGAUAGACGGAGCACAAGGAGGUUAAGUGACUUGCUCAGGGUCACACAAUGAGUCAGUGGCUGAGGUAGGAUUUGAACCAGGGACCUCCUGGUUACAAGCCCUUUUCUUUAACCACUGGACCACACAGCAUCCUAGGGUGUGUGGUCCAAUUAGGGUGAACUUUAUUAUGUCUACUUGCUACUGUACUGGGUCCAAUUUCCGUUCUGUUUCCACCAUUAGAACGUUUGGCACUAUUUGUGUUGUCCUGCUGUUUUAAGGAACAGUUCACAUUGAAAGCAUCUGGUUAAAAAAAGAACAAAUUGGGCACCAGUGUGGACCUAAAUGACCCAGAUAAAGAUAUAGUUGCUUUUAUAGUACACACUAUUGAACUGUGACUGAAAGUACUGUAAUUGCACUUUUUAGGUCUCCAGUUAUCUUAACCCAGGGGUCUCUAACCCUGGUCCUAGAGAACCACAGGGUCUUCUGGUUUUCAUUCCAACCAAUUUCUCAAUUACUAAUUGAACCAGUUAUUGGCUUAAUUAGUCAGGAUUAACAUGUUCCAGAUCUUUAGCCACCUAUAAAACCUGCAGGAUUGGGGCUGUCCAGGCCCAGGUUUGGAGACCCCUGUCUUCACCUCAUCCCUAUAAUGUGAUGUCACAGACCCCAUCUGACCCCUACUGAAUACAAACACUGGAAGUUCUCAGUAGGUUCAUUUAAGGAGAAUCAAAGCAUGAACACCUUAAAGAUGAUUUAUUUCAGCCACAGGUUGAUGACGACGACGAUGAUGAUGUUGAUAGUAACAAUAAUAAUAAUUUGAGUCAUGUAUCAUUUCUUGUAAUGGUAUCUGGUCGAAAUGGUGUGGAAUAAUCACCAGGUGUACCAAUGCAGCAAUUUGAUGUGCUUUGCAUUUAUGAAUUGUAUUAUACUAUACUGUCAAAUCAUUGUUUUCACAGGACAUGUCCAGUUGUCAUUUGAUCAGUUAGAUGGGACAGAGGCACAAGGUGGUAAAGAACUUACUUCUAUUGAAUUUCAUAAUUGUGCCUAGCAAAACACAUAAAGGGGAUAUAAUACAGUCCUGUCAUUUUUAGGGUGUGACAUUAUGAAUUGUGUAUACAAUUAUCCUGCAUGGCCACCAUGCAAUCUUAAUGUGUUUUUUUUUAUUAUUUUAUUUUAUUUUAUUUUAAUGUAUGUGAUAUUUUAAGCAGAUGCUUUGUAUAGUCACAAAAUGAAUUGUCACUGCCCGUGAUUAUUUUUGAUUACAUUUCAAAUCAGAUCAGAUGUAUUUCGAUGAUAAAACUUGUUAAUCAUGAACACACAUGCAAUGUCCAUAAGCAUCUCUAAAGUCAUGACUUCUAGUUCUCAACAUAAAAUACUGGCAUCAUAAAGCUCUUAAACCUGAUAUACUGCGGGGUAUAAGUGGGAGAUAAACAGGUGAUGGUAUUUAAAUAAUUUAAAAAAGACUCGUUGAGCUUUUUGAAGUACAUUUCUUGCAAUACAGCAAUCGUUUGUUAUUUUUGAAUCUGUGCUCUUGUUUGAUGUAAUGUGAACCUCAGUUUGUAUCUGAAGGGUCUGUUUUCUACACUGUUAUCUUUUCUUUUUUAAAACACACCUCCAACUGAACUCAAUGCUUCUUAACUCAUCCUGCAAACAAAUCAUUCUAUGAAUCUUUUUAUAUUUAAGUGAGGAUACUUGACUCGAGAAGCAAACAGGAAAGACACAACAGGAAACUCAAGUGUGAUUUGAAGCCGUUUUGCUGUGAUAUUUAUAGUUUUGUGUUUUGAAGUGGCCUUUACUGAGGUUCAGUACUUAAGCUUAACUAAAAAAAAUAUAUUUUUAAAUAUCUGAAAUUGUUUUUAUUGGGUAAUGCAUGCAAAGACUAAAAUAAUCUACAGAUUUUAUUUUCUUCUAAACAGUGUUUCUUAGGUACUGUUUAGACAAUAGGGAACUUAUUUAGAUUUGGUGGUUUUUACAAAGACUAAUUUAAUUUUUAAAUUUGAAUAAAAAUGAAUU